AUGUGUGUGGUUGACAUUGACAAGGAACAUUCUUUGUGGCUGGUGGUCCUCAUCCCCCAUUUUAUUCAAAUAUCACAUUUCAUUUUGUUUUCAAAGGGCAAGCUCAAAAGAAACAUGAUGUCCCAGACCAUAGAGAAGAAAAGACAAGUCCAUUUAGCCAAGGCCAAGAAAAGAUAUCAUGAAAGAGCUGCACCUCCUAUAAGGCUGACCAGUUGCAUUUUUAAGAGGCCAGUCACGAGCAUAACUUCCCAUUCUGGCAACGAGGUCAGGUACAGUCAACGGGACAGGGCCUUGGAGAAGCCCCAGCAAAUCUCUGUGUACAGGAGACUGCAGGGACUCCAGGCCUGCAGCAGUGAAGGAGAAAUUUUAAGUACUUUGGACUUCAUAAAUACCUCACAAGUGAUUGUACCAGGCAGUGCAGGUGCAGGGUCUCUACCUAGUGGCCCUGGGCCCAGCACGGUACCAUCUUCAGUUUGGGCAGGGAUGUUCCCAGGAGUGGGUCUCUAUCUCCCACCACCCAUCUGCAUACAGCCAGUAACACCUGGAGAUAUCCGGAGACAGACUCGGAAAGUGAAAAAAGCAAGAGAGAGACUGGCUGAGGCCUUGAGGGCAGACAGGCUUGCCAGGGAGGUGGAGAGAGCCAGAAGCCAAGAGGGACAUUCUGAACAUUCUGACAACUAGAGGAAAAGUAGGAAAAGGUUGUGUGGAAGGAUCCAGUGGGGUGCUUCACUGUGAGACAGCCCCCAGUUUCAUUUCCUGUCGAGAUGUCAAUCGUUUCUUGCUCUGUGCCUUGUUAUAUCAAAAUUGUACUUCAUUAAACUCUUUUGAGAGACAAAGGUGUGAAAGAGUAUAGAGUGGUGGUUUUGUGGGUAAGAGAUUGGAUUUCAUUUGAAAUAAGUCAAUCAGAGAAACAAUUAUCAUAUGGUUUCACUCAUAUGUGAAACAUAAGGGAUAAUGCAGAGGACAAUAGGGGUGGGGGGAAAACUGAAUGGGAAGAAAUCAGAGAGGGAGAUAAACCAUAUGAGACUCUUGACUCCGGGAAACAAACUGAGGGUUGUGGAAAGGGAGGGGGGUGGGGGGAUAGGGUAACAAGGUGAUGGGUAUUAAGGAGGCCACUUGAUGUGAUGAGCACUGGGUGUUAUACUGAACUGAUGAAUCACUGAACAUUAUAUCAAAAACCAAUGAUGUACUUACUAUACCUUGGCUAAUUGAAUUUAAAGAAAAAAGAAAAAAAAGAAAGAAUCCUUGCCAGCAAGCUCACUGCCUUCGCCCUGAAUGAAACUAGUCCACCUCACAGCAUAGGACACAUUGGAAUUAUUCAAUAAACAAUUCAUUUUGCUUAUAAACAAUUUAUUCAGUAAACAUUGUAAUCAUUUAUGGUGAACAAAUAAUUGAUGGAAUAAAGGUGUCACUUCUGUAGAAGUCAGAGGGGGAGACUGUCUCACUAGGUUCAGGAAGGAAAAGAAGUGAUGUGGUUCUGGAAGGACCUGGUAUUUUCUGGACUUCUUAAACUUUUGGUAGAGUAGUUUUAGCAGAGCUGGGGAAGGAAGCCUGAUUUCAGAGGGUCAAAGACUGAAAAACAAAGAGUGAGUGGAGGUGGACAGCUAUGCCUCAGACAGCUGUACCUCAUGCCUCUUACAACAGGCUCUGGAUUUAACUUAGUGAAAGCUCUCUCCCAGAGCCAGCAGCUUUGGUGGAGGCUGAUUCCACCCCAGAACGGAGGCAGGCCUGACUCUUCAGUGUGAGCUAGUCUGCAUAUUCCAAACUCUCAGUGUCCUGGGGUAGGACAUCCCAUGGCCCUCUCUGGUCCAGUCGAUCCAGGCACAGAGCACUUUAUGGAACACAAGGUGGAGCCCAGUACACAGGGCUCUUACCUGCCAGACCUGGCAUUCUGGAAGGUGGAGUUGAGUGAGGUCACAGUGUAAGAGCGGUUGCCUGGGUUUGAGGCCAUCUGGGAGGACAGCAUAAUAGGGGUGGGUGUGCUGGUGGACAGGACAAGACCUGUCCUCCUCAUUUGUAUUCUGCAAGUAUCUAUGUCUGGACCUAAUCUACUCAAGUUCCAUUAACAUAGCUGAUUUCUACCCUCAUUGAAUCUUUCCUAU